CCCUCCGUGUGGUUGGCGCGGGUAGGCUAGAAGCGCGUCGCGUAACCGAGUGGAGAGUCGACCUCAGGACACCGACACGAGCACGUUUCCUCGUCAGUUUCGCUCCGCAGGCUCCACACCACUGGUGCACUCCUGCGCGACACUCGACUGCAUUCGGUUCGCUGCACACGCUCUCUCGUCUCGCUGGUCGCACUCGCCGUUCGUACAUUCGCAGCCACACAUCGCACACAUUCGUCGCCCUGCACGGAUCCCAGAGGACGCUUCUUCGCCACGGGUCUAUACUCUCUCUUCGAUCUUUCGAGGGAUCAGCUGUUCGCUCAGCCGCAUCUUUUUUUCUUUCUACGCGAAGGGAACAUCGAGGGAGGACAGCUUCGAAAUGAGGGAGAUCGUGCAUCUGCAGGCUGGACAAUGCGGAAACCAGAUCGGUGCAAAGUUCUGGGAAGUGAUCUCCGAGGAGCACGGCAUCGACCAAUCGGGCAUCUAUCACGGGGAUAGCGAUCUACAGUUGGAGCGAAUUUCGGUCUACUAUAACGAGGCUUCUGUCGCCACCUCGACCAAUGGGGGAAAGUACGUGCCGAGAGCUAUUCUUCUGGAUCUGGAGCCUGGAACGAUGGACGCUGUCCGAUCGGGUGCCUACGGAAAACUCUUUCGGCCGGAUAACUUCGUGUUUGGCCAAUCCGGAGCGGGUAACAACUGGGCGAAAGGUCAUUACACCGAGGGUGCGGAAUUGGUCGACUCGGUGCUGGACGUGGUGAGAAAGGAGUGCGAGAACUGCGAUUGCCUGCAAGGCUUUCAGCUGACUCACUCUCUCGGUGGUGGGACCGGAUCCGGUAUGGGGACGCUGCUCAUCUCGAAAAUACGCGAAGAAUAUCCGGAUCGAAUUAUGAACACGUACUCGGUGAUGCCCUCGCCUAAGGUCUCGGACACCGUGGUGGAACCUUACAACGCCACCCUGUCCGUCCAUCAGUUGGUCGAGAACACCGACGAGACUUAUUGCAUCGACAACGAGGCCCUCUACGACAUCUGCUUCCGUACCUUGAAGGUUUCGAAUCCUAGUUACGGCGACUUGAAUCAUCUCGUCUCGCUCACCAUGUCCGGCGUAACAACCUGUCUCAGGUUCCCCGGACAAUUAAACGCCGAUCUGCGAAAGCUAGCGGUCAACAUGGUCCCGUUUCCUCGUCUUCACUUCUUCAUGCCCGGUUUUGCACCGUUAACCUCCAGAUCCAUGCAACAAUAUUCCGCCCUCUCUGUACCGGAGUUGACGCAGCAAAUGUUCGACGCGAAGAACAUGAUGGCGGCCUGCGAUCCUAGACACGGACGAUACUUGACGGUCGCUGCCGUCUUUCGAGGAAGAAUGUCGAUGAAGGAGGUCGACGAGCAAAUGCUCAGCGUUCAGAACAAGAAUAGCUCCUACUUCGUCGAAUGGAUCCCGAAUAACGUAAAGACAGCCGUCUGCGACAUACCACCGAAAGGCCUGAAAAUGUCCUCGACCUUCAUCGGAAAUACGACCGCCAUUCAAGAACUGUUUAAGCGGAUCUCCGAGCAAUUUACCGCGAUGUUUCGCAGGAAAGCAUUCUUGCAUUGGUACACCGGCGAGGGUAUGGACGAGAUGGAGUUCACCGAGGCCGAAUCGAACAUGAACGAUCUGGUUUCCGAAUAUCAACAAUAUCAGGAGGCCACUGCCGAAGAAGAUUUCGAAGCUGAGGAAUGCGCCGACGACUUCGAAACCUGCGAGCAGGAGUAAAUCGAUCGCCAAUCUUCUUUCCUUCGAACACGAGCUACCCACCGAAUCGGACGCUUCUCUCUCGUCUUCGCUCCACUCCUCACUCCCCUUUGCGCCGCUUCUGUCCUAGCUGUUCCAUUUUCCCUUUUCCCUCUCGUCUCUUCCGACAUUCGUUUUUCAUUCUCGUCUCGAGUCGGUGGUGGCAACAUUUGCGACAUCUCUGUCUCUUUUGUACUUUUAUACGUGACAAUUUUUUUACGAUCGAGGAGUUUAUUGCAGCGACCGACGUCGAGUGUGCCACGCGGUAUAAUUCGCCAUACGGCGAAUCUGUUUUUCCAUCGAUCCUCGGUUACUGCAUUUCGCUCCGCAAAUAGCGUUAAGAGGAAUAACAGAGCGGAAAAGUUCACUCGGAUCAACUUUUUCCGCUCGAAUUACGACUCAACGUUCUCGAGGGACGACGACUGGCAACAAAAAUUUAAGACCAAACACCAAAGCACCCGAACCAAAAAUCUACCUUUCUCGUUGCAUCCACGUCAACUAUAUUGCAUGCGUAUAUUUAA